CGGUUCAUCCUCUUACAUUCGGAAAUAAAAUAAAAAUAGACAAAGUAACUGGCAAUAUCGUGUCUAAAAGACUUGAGCAGUUUGGAGAAGCCCACCAGCAUGAGUUUGAUGGACAUAUCUAAGAUCUUUUCUCUUCUUCAACCCAAAGAGCAUGAGGAGGAAGACACCAACUGCAGUCAGGAACUGAAUCAGGCUGUCUUUAAAGACGAUGACAAACUCCUCACAGACCUCGUGUCUCAGGACAGGUACAGGAGGUGUGUUAACCUCCGCAGCGGCUGGGGCGUGCCGGUCACUCCGCUGCGGACGGCUGCGUCUCAGGGUCACCUGCGCUGUCUGGAGCUGCUCCUGGCUCACGGGGCCGAGGUCGACAGCCUGGACGUCAAAGCUCAGACUCCACUUUUCACAGCCGUCGCUGGCAAACACCUAGACUGUGUUGUUGCUUUAUUGAAAGCUGGUGCCGACCCUAAUGGCAGCCCGUAUAACAACUGCUCCCCGGUGUUCACCGCGGCCAGAGAGGGCGACGUGGACAUCCUGAGAGAGCUCCUGCAACACAGAGCCGAUGUAGACGUCAAGCCCAAGAUCCCAGACUGGGCCUCCAAUGCCAUGGCCUGCCGAGGGCCGCUCUACAUUUCAGCUUGUUACGGCCAUCUGGAGUGCUUCAAACUGUUACUGCAGCAUGGAGCGAACCCGGACUACAACUGUACUGAAGAAAAGAUGCUGAGCCGGAUCAAGCAGCCUAAAACUGUGCUGGAGAUGUGUCUUAGAUACGACUGCGGGCCACAAUACAUCCAGCUGCUCGUAGACUUUGGAGCAAACGUCUAUCAGCCCACGGUAAUUGCAGAUAAAACAACCAGACAGAAUGAAGCAGUGCUGCUUCUGCUCAAAGAGAGAGUUUGUCCAAAAACACUGAUGUCUCAGGCUCGACUUUCUUUAUGGAAGUUCCUUCCCAUGGAAAACAAAAUGUGCUGCAUAGAUUGUCUGGAUAUUCCCAAAAUAUUGAAGGACUAUUUGAAUCAUGUCUCCUGAUUUUCCUACCUUUAAUAAAAUAUGAGUAUGUGGAUAAUGCAACAAU